CAUAUUACAUAUAUAUGAUAUAUUAAUUUCCAUCUAAAAUCGGGUCAUCUAAAAACGAAUUUAGCAUCAACCAACAAGCAAAUCUGACUGUUUUUAGCAAACUCUAAAUAUCCUGUAGAGACUUCUGUGAAUACUCUAAAAAAAACACUCAAAAAUUAAUCUUAAAGGGACUUCCAUUCAUUCAUUCGAUACGGAUUGCAAUUAAAGUGCUGGCUGAUUCAACCAUGCGGAAUGUGGCUGAUAUAGGAAUGAAACUGCACAGCUACCUGUUGAUGGGCCAAUGAUUGGUUCACUCGUACCUCCCCCGAGACGAGACACAACGAGGCGAAAUGAAAGAAACGGAAGGAAACCGUCUAGCAUUAGUCAAACAGCAGGCAGAAGCAGCAAGCAGCAGCAGCAGAUCAUUUUGAGCAACACCAAUUAGCUGGGUGCUGACAAAUUGCACAGCUAUUGGCGUGGUCGACUCAUGACCGAACCCAGACCUAGACAGCGACCCAAACCUUUGGCUAAUUGUUUGGUUAUUGCAUAUGGCAAGAGGAACCGGAAGCGUGCGCGACCAAAUGUGAAAACGCGAAGCAUAAAUUAACGUACACACACACACACACACACGUACACAGAAGGAGAGAGAUUACACCUAUGCAGCAGUGGAGGGAACGCAAUUUGGGCGAAAUGCCAAUGCCAACUGCUAAUAGUAAAUUAAUUUCUGAAGCUUAUCGCCAUUGGCUGCCAGGCUGCCUGGCUGCUGGCUGCCACAACAACAUUAAACAAAGUGGAUGUGUCAGCCAGCAAAGUGCUGUGUAAAUUAGCUCGCAAACUGGCCAAACUAUUUACCCGACUGACACACUGGAAUUUCGCAGUAGUUGCACGUGAAGCAGAUAAAGACACAAAGCUAAGUAAUGUUUAAUUAUUUGAGCCAGCCUAACGGAAGUGCUUUUGUUUAUACCCAGAUACGAGCUGCAAUAUUUACCCAGUAGAUAUACAGCCAGAUUCUUGGGAAUAAAACAAUUUGUAAACAAGUUGUUCUACACGAAAGCGAAAGCGAAAGUGUUUCACUCGUUCUACAACGUUGCGUAUACUUAACAAAAUGUUAAAGUUCAAAACUGGCUUAGCAAUCAAUUAAUUAGUAUAAUUUUAGCAAAGGUUAAAUCAAUUUUUUUAAUAGAGAUAAGAACUGUAAGCAAUAAUAAAUAUUAGUGCUUGAAUUGAAAUUGUGGCCACUCUAUUAAGACAGAAAAUUAAUUUCAAUUAUUCUAUUACAUUUUCAUUAAUAAAUCAAAUACACUCUAGAAUGAUAUAUAGUUGCAGGCAUCAAAAACAUUAGGCACAUAUGUUGCGAAUAAAUAUAAAUAAAUUAUGGUUUUAAGCUCUUUUAAAAGACAAAAAUUGUGGUGAAGAUUAUGAUAACAUGAUAAACAUUUUAUCAAUAUGACGUACUUAGGAUGAAAUGAUUCAUCCACAACACAAUAUACAAUUUCUAUACCAGCAAAAUUUAUUAAAAACAUAUAGUUUGGCAGGAAAGCCAAGAAUACGAUAUAAAUAAUUAAUGCUUCACUUUAAAAUCAUUUACUAUAAUUAGAAUCAACUGUCUUCAGCUGGAACCAUGAUUGGCAAUAGUUUGUCGCUGCAAAGAGUCUGCUCGGGACAUUCAUCUGCUUUUGCUUCCCUGUUUUGCCGCCUUCGCAGCAAAUGUGGAAUGGAAUGGCCGCAAAUUUGUAGACGACAUGCGUUUCCGUAGUUUAACAAAUGUUUUGUCAAGCUCAAAAAGGUCAGAACAAGCCGAUAAAAUAUAAAAGUAAGGAAAGAGAAGAGGCAGAUGAUGAAGAAGCCACAACUACAACAAUCUAGCAGCUGCAUCUGCAGUGCAUUGCGGUUGUGUUCGAUACCAGAGUAGUUUGAGUUCGAAUCGGAGUCCAUAUCGGGGAGUUGGGGUACAUGUGUAUGCCACCAUAUCAAUGCCGCCGAAUGACGCAGCGUCAAAACCAAAAUCAAAUAAAUGAACAGCAAAACGGCAGCAGCCACAACAACAAGAGUAACAACAGCAACAACAACAACAACAACUUGAGAGAAGACAAGAGGACCACCAUGAUGGCAGAGGCUACAAAUGGGCAAAGCAUAAAUAAGUAACGAAAAAGAAGAAAAAAAAAAGAUGCCAAAUGGGAGAAAAAAGAACGAACGAAGGAAUAAAAACUAAAAAACAAUUUCGAUCAUGAUGUAUAAUUAAAAGGCAACACCAGCAACAGCAACAGCGCAGCAAACAUACAAUCACACACACGCACACACUGCAUAGCAUGUGUCUGUCUGUCUGUUUCAGCUGCUGACUGUGCAACUUCGCACUUCAAAAUUAAACACAAUUAGAAAGAACGAGAGGGAGAGGGACAAAUACAAGGCGGAGCAUUGGCAGCUGGUGUCAUUUUUUCAAAAUGGAGGUGCCAACAAAGAGAGCGCAGCAGCUAAGUGCCCAACAGAGAUAGCCACACAGUCAGCUAUGUUGCUCUCGCUCUGGCUGCACGUGCAAUCAGCUCGCUUGGCCAAUCAGUUUGCAGCUUAGGCUAACCUGCCAGAGAGGGAGAGAAGGAGAGAGCGAGUGAGUGAGAGUGUUAGCAGAGAUCUGCAGCCGCCGUGAAUGUCGAUCAAUGGCUCGCAAACUGAACUCGUCAAGCUCGUUCAGAGCCGAGGAGCGACGGCAGCGACAUAUUGUUGGAACUUGCUCAGUUGAAAUGCGAAGUUGGCGAGCGCAAGACGCGAGCGUCGGUCUAUCUCACAAAACAAGACAAAACCAUAACAAAAUUCAACACGACAUCGUACUUAAAAUCCAAUACAAUUCUCAAACUCGUUGCUGCUAUUGUCAUAAUCAAAUUAACACCCACACGCACAUGAGACAUUUGCCAUAACAACGCCACUUUUGCCUUUAUUUUGCCUUAUUGCCUAGCUGUGAUUUGCAUAAUUAACGCUAAUCGAAUUCGCCUCGUGCCUUGUACAAAAGAACUGAAAACUCAUGCUGUCAGCUAACGUUAUUGUUGUUUCUGCUCGUUAUUAUUAUUGCUCUUGUUGCUGUUGUCUGUGAUUAAAUUGUGCCAAAUCCAAAAAAGAAAUACAAAAAGAAAAGUUUAAACAAUUUGUAAAAGUGUGAAAUAUACAAUAGCGCAUACAAUAUACCUAAAUCUAUAUAAACCAUGAUCACCAUGAACGAACUGGUCGAUCUGCGCAUGCAGCAGCACAUCGCCCACGAGAUUUAUCGCCAGCAGAUAAUGCAACGCAUACCAGAUCCCUUUCCGCCGAUGUUGCCCAUACCGAUGCCGCGACACGUGAUAAUGCCUCCGCGUGUCUCGCUGCCCGGCGUGGAGAUGACGCUGCAGAACGAUGAGCUCUGGAAGCAAUUCCAUCAGAUUGGCACGGAAAUGAUCAUCACAAAAAGCGGCAGACGCAUGUUUCCCUCGAUGCGCCUCAGCGUUUCAGGUCUCGAUGAGGAGACCAACUAUUGUGUCCUGCUCGAGAUGGUGCCCAUUGGCGACUGUCGCUACAAGUUCUCCGGCUCCCAAUGGGUGCCAGCUGGCGGCGCCGAGCCACAGAGUCCUCAACGCAUGUAUCUGCAUCCGGAUAGUCCGGCAACGGGCGCCCAUUGGCAGGCGCAGCCCAUUUUAUUCAACAAAGUGAAGUUGACGAACAACACGCUGGACAACAGCGGACAUAUCGUCUUGGCCAGCAUGCACAAGUAUCAGCCACGUUUGCAUGUCAUACGCACCGCGGACCUGGCCCAGAUUCCUUGGGCACCCCAACAGGCUUUUGUGUUUGCCGAAACGGAAUUCGUGGCUGUGACAGCUUAUCAGAAUGAUCGCAUCACAAAGCUGAAGAUCGACAACAAUCCAUUUGCCAAAGGUUUCCGCGAAACUGGACAAUCACGCUGCAAACGCAAAAUGUCUUCAUCGCCAACAGAUGACGAUCAAGAUCACCAUGCCCAGACAUCCUCUGGCUCGCUUGACAUGUCGCCAGGCAAAUUCACAGCGACAGCCAGAUCGGGAUCAGCCUCGACAUCCACAUCCACAUCCACAUCAGCAUCGGCCUUAGUGGAGGCAACUUCAACAGCAACAGCAACAGCAAUAACAUUGCACAACAGCGAACAGGAUGGUCCACAAAUUAAGCGACUGAGAUCAAAUGGUUCCGCCUGUUCGUUAUCAUCAUCGCUCGAUGGCGCUGAGUUGCCUGCGGCUCAGUUCCCAGUUGGCGCCAGCAGCAUUGGCUCCCCUCCACCUCCACCUCCGCAUCAACAGGCCACCACCAGCGCAUUCAUGCAGCAUUUCCAGCAGAACAUGCAGAGCUUGCUGCGACCCUCGCUCGUUGAUCUCGCCUGCACUUAUUUUGGUCGGCCACCACAUGAGUACAAUGGGCCAACAAUGACGUCGACAGCGACGUCGUCUCCACAUUUGUAUGGGCCAACGUCGAUUUUGCAAGCUGCUUUGCCUGCACUUCCGGUGCUUGGUUUGCCGCACAGCUUUUCCGUUGUGGAUGAGACGACAACCGAUGAGCUGGAACUGGAUGUGGGCAGCGAAACAACACAAACUACAUCCCAUUCUCCACUGCAGCAGCAGCAGCAACAGCAACAGCCAACUCCUGAGGCGCCCAGCAAACGCAAAGGCUUCAGCAUUUCGGCUAUACUGGGAGGUGGGAGUUAGUUUACAUUUUUUAUAUUCAUUCUUUUUUUAAGUUGUACAAAUUUAAGUUUAAUUUGGCCUGAUUAAUGUUUAAGCUAUUUUUAAGUGGACACAAUAAAAAUAGUUUUCCAUAGAAG